CCCUACCUGCUUCCUUCUUUCUCUUUGCCAAAGCGCAUAAUUGCUUGCGCAAUUGGCCUAUAGGACCGCGUCCUGGUGUAUCGCCAUUAACGACGACCCCUUACAUAUAUAUACCUAUAUCUUCUUCGCUAGAAGUUCACCGCCAAAAUGCUGACUAACCGUCGCUCAACAUUGAUGAUAUCGCCGAACGGCAACGGCCGCCCGAAUCUCGGCGCGCCGCCUACCCUCGGCAGCGCGAAGCCAGAAAACGAACCUCACUGCACCGUCCCAUCAAUCUUGACAUCUACGAUGCCGACGCUGCCUGGUUAUCGCGUUGCGCGCGUCCUGGGCGCCGUAUACGGCUCUACUACUUACGCGCUUAAAGACACCAAGGCCCUACUGAAGGCGGCUGCAGCGGGUGGCGAGGUCAGGAGUCUAACGCAUAUCAUGUACAACGCGCGGGACCAGGCUGUUGAUAGAAUGACGCGGGACUGUGUGUCGCGCGGCGCGAACGCCGUUGUCGGCCUGGACUUCGAGGAGAAGGAGGUUCUAGGCUUCAUCCAGGUCUCAGUCUCGGGCACCGCCGUCUACGUCGAGAAGCAGCUAGAGAACCCGUUCUUGCCCGAAUGACACUAGGGGUCGCCUGUCUAUGGUUUUUUGCGCGCGCUUGAUAGGCUCGUUAAUAUAGGUUCGCUUCUUGGUGCGUUAGUGUGGGCUCGACAUCUUGAUCUUGGCUAGGGUUUAUUUUGGAUAUAGAACCACGCAAUUCCAGCAAUCACUACCUAGGUUACUGUAUACAUAUCACUGGGGCUAUUUAGUGAUUCUAAUUACGGUUGCAUAUGCGGUGAUGUGUGCCGGGACCGCGUCACACGGAUACGAAGAGCCUGGAUUCGGGGUCCGGGUCGGGAUCUUUGAACCAGGAUCGCGGAGAUGGGGAAGGGUAUGAGCGUAACGGUUUGAUUGUGCUAAUUACCUCACAUACAUACGUAUAUACCUAUUUCAUUGGCAAUAGCAGUUGAGAUUAUUAGCCGGGACAGAAUCGGAUCAGCUCAGGAGCUCACUGUGCCAUUAUAUAUUUAGGUGCAUAUAAAUUUAGUUAAUAUUUCCCAAUGAAGCUCUUUGUAGCCAUGUUCUUUUGAA